CACUUUUCUUGUUUUCAAGCACCCUAAUCUUUCCUUAUCGAUCAAUGAGGCACUCAUUGUUAACACCAUUCUUUUAUCUAUCCAUUCGUUAAUUAUACCCAAUCUUGCUGCGGUCAAUUGAUGCGCGUGAUUUUGUUUACUAUAUACCCUUCCCAACCUCUUCUAGACAGCAGGCAUUCCGACGUCCGCCUUCAGGACAUACAGUGGAGGUCUGACUAAGGAUGACGUUGGAUGUACACUCCCCUCAACAAUCGGUCAGCGAGCGCAGAGGCCAGCGAUUGGCCCCUCUACAGACCAACUUCAGUCGCCCAACCGCACGUCCAGUGGAGGUUCCACCCGGCAGACCACAGCGUCCACGGCCCACGGACUUCCAGGGUGAUGCGGAGGCAGGUGAAAGAGUCCCAUUGCAGGCCACACCGGUUAAGCGCCAAACAUCCAAGUCCAGUCUGCGGAACAUCUUCGGACGCGACAAGUCUUCCCGGAAACAACCUAGCGAUGCUAAGCUCACGGGCAUCGAUGAAUUGCAGCAGCAAAGCACACAACCUGCAACCGAAACAGCUCCGGUGAUCCAAUCACCCACAGCUGUUGCCACGCCGAAGACUACCGUUUCGACAGCUACACUCCCCACGUCGCCGAUUACGACAACAUCUCAACGGUCCAGGCUUCCCUCCAAGUCUCGUGCGAAAACAGGUGACGAGAAGCCUGCUGCGGGUGAGAUAGGAUGGAAACCACCACCACUCUUCCAGGCGUAUCCACAGGCAAUCAAGCAUGACACCCUUCCUGUCCCCGCCAUGUCGGUGGAUUCCAUCAUGCGCAUGCAUGCCACCUCGAAGGCAAAAGCUGGUGCUCGUGAAGAAGAGCCUGCUAAUGGAGAAUCGACGGAGGAUGGCGCGGCUCGGAAGAAAAAGGAAGACAAGGAGAGGAAACGGCACAUGCGCACUCUCUCCGAAACAAUGAACAAAGCAGACUGGACCCAGAAAGUCUAUGUACUGGCCACCGCUGGCUAUAUCUUACAGUAUUCUGGCUCCGGUAAAUACGACAGGUUGCCGGAGAAGAUGUUGCAGCUCGGUCCUCGAACUGUAGCCUUUGCUAGCGAUGCGAUUCCUGGGAAGCAUUGGGUGCUGCAGGUAUCACACACUGACGAAGACGGCACGGAUUCGACUAAGCCCUCCCGGUUUCGCUUCGGGUUUCACAGGUCUCCGUCCCGGCGGCUUGAGCGUUGCUUCCUUCUUGUAUUUGACCACCCCGAGGAUAUGAGCUCCUGGCUCUUGGCCGUUCGGGCUCAGAUCGAGGCACGGGGAGGUAAGAAGUAUGUUUCAGAAAAGACAGCCGACGAUGGGGAAGAGCCCCAGCUUCAGACUAAGCCCAGUAUCCGCCAAAUGGUGACCAAAGAUCCAAACCGGUUUUCUAUGCUACUGAAACCUCAGCAGUCUGUAUCUGAGGAAGACAAGGACACCGGUGUCAGCGUUAGCGACCAAUCCCGUCGGAGCUCAUACGUCUCUCUCAAUCGCCGGUCGAUAGUCAUGCCCGCCGCAUCAGAAUCCCGCUCGGGCUCCAUAUCCACCACACAUACCGAAAUAACAUCUCCUGUGAGCGGUACGGGACGAUUCUACUCAUCCAUUCCUAGUGCAAGUGUCCCCAAUUCUCCACCCAACGGUGGUGUGGUCGCAGCGUCUUUGGACGGCACAGCAAGUCCCAGCGUCAAAAGCUCAACGAAGCGUCGAUCGUUGAACAUAUCGUCCCCAUCAACGAUCAAGACCGCUGCUGAGAUGGCUGCAGAGAUCCCACGAGCACAAUCGACACAGCCGGAUCCUGUGCUCCGCAGCACCUCGCCGCCGGCACCAAACUUCAGUGUGCCGUCUUUUAGCAAGAGAUUCACUGCCCGAUUUGGCCCACUCCAAGUCCCUCAGGUCUCUCAGCUUCCUACAGCCGUGGAGGAUACAAGCAGCAAAAGUACAGUUGCUGCGCUUUCGGCGUUUCCUUCUCCACCCCAAUCUCCAGGCAAGGUUCCGAACGGCUUCCUGCCUGAGGAGCCCAGCGAGGAGCAGCAACAACAACCGCAAGAGCCGGAACCGGAGCCGCAACCAAAGAAGCCGUGGCCACUCCAUGCAGGUCAGCCUAAAAGGCCACCACUGCGCGUUUCCUCUUCCCAAGACUCGCUAGCGGAAAAUCAACGUAUAGCGGAUCCCAGAGGCAACCGUCUCUCUCGCAUGCCUCGGAGCAUACAACCCAACAUGGCAGCCCCAGUGCCGCGGCCCACGACUGCAGUCGGCGGAGGGCCAAACAUGUUGCACGUGGGUUCAGACACACGUCGUGAUCAGCAACGGACCAGAGGGUCUGUUAUGUACCAACCAGAUCCAAAUUCCCGUCUGCCGCCAGUAGCCAUGGGUCGCCGGAAGAGCAUGCCAGGGCUGAUCGGACCGCCAGCUGCACCGCCGCCUAACUGUCCACUACCUAAAAUCCCAUCCCCAGUCGACCCACAGUCGACCAACUGGGGUGAUGCACCCGCCGACCUGCGACAGUGCAUCUCGCCUCCCCCGCUCCAGACUAUCCGGGAACAGCGCAAGAGUUCCGCUCCAGUUCCCGCCGGCUAUGGCAUGCAAAGUCGAAGUGUGUCCCGGCAGUCCAGAAUGCCGCAAAUAUAAUCAACCAGCCUCUAAUCACUCCUUACUAUACAUACAUUCACCCAUUCGCAUGAUGAACCCUGCAUGCCUUGUACAUGUUCAUCCUAUUUCUACCCAUUAUGCUUCCACGUCGCCACGGCACGACUUCUUUCCGUCCGUCGACUUUGACAGUCGACGAUGUCGAUCAUCGUAUCAUUACAUAGCGAUCCAGCGUUUUUCUAUCU